GGCAGCGACCAUCAGAGUAUACAAAAAAUCUUCCAUCCACAAACUUCUAAUCAGUAUUGCCCAAGAAAGGGAGAGGUUUAAGCUGCAUGAAUCAGAUGAUGAUUUUCUCAUGGUGAACCACAACACGUUUUGGACACAGCUGUUCUAUCACCACUUUGUGGACAGCCAUGUACCGGAUGAGGAUCUUCGAGACGACAUGCUCUUCUUUGUCAAAAAAACAAUAACGUCACUAAGGGAUCCGACGCAGACAGAAAUUGCAGUAUUUAGGAAGCACAGUAAACAGUUGCCUGCUCUCGGGGAGGCCGACAUAGACUGGGAAGAAACAGUUUAUCUAAACUUAAUUUUGCAGCAGUUUGAGUAUACGCUGACCUGUGCAGUCUGCACCCGAACAAGUGCCAAAGACCUGCAGAUUCUCAAGCGCUUCUCCCAGCGUGUGUAUGCAUCUCCCAGUAAACGGCAGAUGGACGGAAAGGGGGAGGAGGAACAAAUCUCAUAUCCAAACAUAUUCUUCACCGUUGACAACUUUGACGAGAUUUUCACGGACAUCAUCGUUCGAGACGGAGAGAUGGUUUGCGUGGAGCUGGUGGCAGCUGACAAAUGCGGUGCCUUCCAAGGAGUCAUCUUUCUAGGGUCGAUACGAUACGAUGCUCUGAAGAAAGUCUACGAUGCAAGAACCAGCGUUUCUAGUAGAAUGGCCAAGCGACUCUCUCUGGGUUGGUACAGGGGGCAGCAGAAGCGUGUUGAGUUUGUGCGCAUGAAAGGCCCACAGGGCAAAGGUCAUGCGGAGAUGGCAGUUAGCAAGGAGAAGUCAUCGGUGACCGUCUCGGCUCCUACAACGCCCGACGAAGAAUACUGGGCUGAAGAAUUCAAUCUUGAGAACGAAGAGUCGGACUACGACAAGCGGCGGAUGUCGGACCCGUCCGCGAACCUCAAGGCCUACGUGCAGGGCUUCCGUCGCCACGGCAGCCUGAAGAAGGUGCUCUCAGCCUCGCAGGACAAUCUCGAUUUUGACCUGAAUGCAGACGGGUGGCACGAGGUCGAGGCAGGAGAUCUGCUGGAUGAGUUCAAGGCGGAUAGCAUCUAUAACCGAGUGUGGGAGAAAGGUCUGAGUCAGGCAUGGUAUUGGCUUAAGGAGCGGCGAAGAGCGAGCUGCGUUGCUCUCAAUGCAUUCACUACCUAUGUCACUCUCCCCUGGCAGGCUAUCAUAGCAGAUGUUUUAGAGACAAGACAGCAGCCAGUUCUGACGUUCUAGUCGUGGUAUGUAUGAACUGUUCUAGGCAAUUACCGUGGAGUACUUCUGUUUGUAAGAGUGAUGCAGAGCGGCUGCAUCAUGGAAUGUAUGGUGCCUGGAUAAUCACUGAAAGAGAGAGAGAGCGAUGAAAUACAGUUGGUUUGCAUAGAUUCGCGUAGUGUUUUAUACUCAUUCAACAUUGACCCCAUCGGGAUAUCCUCCUUUAUUUUUUCAGUUCGUUUUUUCUUCGAUGGUUUGCCGUAAAAUAACUCACGAGGCAGUAAACUUCUAGUAUCAGCCGAUCCAGCUUGCCACUUGUGCAGCACUCCACAGUUUAGAGCCGUCCAACGGUAUAUCACAAUAGGUUUAUAUAGUCAUGUUAUCGUUGACUAGUUGCACUCGUACUCCUAGUGGCCCUCUUUUCUAAAUGAUGCUGAGUAUACGGUUUUCUGAAGAGAGGUGCAAGAAUUCCACAGUGGCUCUCCGCAUGUACAUAAUUCGUGAUAAAUCGUGGUGCGCAUUCCGGCGGAUUAAAUAUGUUUGCUUCGUAGCAUCGGGUUAGCUCUGGAUCCCGAGUGGAUUUCGCAGACGAUAUUCGGAAGGCUCCUCGUUGUGUUAUAUUACAUUAGAAGUACCAUUCCACGUGCGACGGCAACAGAUGUCGGCUGGUGCCGUUAACCAUGUGUCAGUGUGCUCUGUAGUUAGUGAAUUAUCUAGUCAUGUGUGAGCUACUGAAGCGAGCAAUCACUGAUGGUGCGUUUAUAUGAGAUAUCGGAUACGAUGGAAGAUGCGCUUGCAGACAAGCCUUGUGACACCUCCGUCCCAGCUUGUGCUAGUAGCGACACCUAGUGGGAAACAGUACAAACUUUUGUAUUGGUGGGAAGUUUCCUGGUUGGGAGAGAGUAGUUAUGACCUCUGUUAUUGUGAUUUGAUGUUCCGGGUUCGUGUGAUGUCUGAAAUCUUAGAAAUAGUAUAGAUAGACAAAAUGGAACUAUUUUUGAGCAGGUUUACGAUAAAACUAAUUGGAAUUUGGUGCAAAUUUCUGUUGACCUGAACAGAGAAAACAGAGGAUAUAGGAUAUAGGAUAUAUGAA